AUGUCAAAUAAUCGUCACGCCUGUAUUAUUCACCACAAGAAUCUAGUCCUAUAUUUCCUCUCGAAGGAUAACAAAAUUCCUGACGUUAGUAAUUGCAAAACAUUCAAAGACUUUCAUGCAACUCGCCUCUACAACAGAUGGGCUAAGAAGAAGAAAUAUCAGAAUUUUUCGAACCGAUUAGGAAUUUCUUUCACCACAUCAUACCAUGCGUAUAACACUAACGUCGUCGCUACAAAAGGACUUGAUUUUAUUUACUGUAAAAAAUAUGGGAAUCUUCAAUUUAUUCCCAGUUCAUCUCCAAAAGUCAAGAAAAGACAAGAAGCACGCUUUAAUGCUUUGGUUAGGCAUACCUUUCACAACGCCAAGCUGGAUGAUAAUGCGCAGACAAAUGAUAAACUCCGAGCUGCACGACAUCACAAAUUAUUAUUUCAAGAAAAUCAACGAUUCACCGCUCCUAUCAGACAUCUUCGAUACAAGAAAAAAUUUAUCGAACCAUCACAGGGUUAUUACACCUUUCCGAUUCCAUUUCCUGAAUCUAAGACCGUAUCUGUACCUGUUAUAGCGGAGACAAUUUGUAAUAUUAGCUCUGUCGCAUCUACAUCGAAUGAUAAUCCUAUACCCCCAGCUAAUACUGACAAUUGGGAGAACGUACCUGAACAUUAUAUUCCGUUAAUUCCUUGA